AUGGCAGCCCAUGAACUUGUUUGUAAUGGUGUGAGAAGAAGGAUUGGGGAUGGGAAUGACACUCUCAUCUGGGGGCACCCGUGGUUGCCAGAUGAGCCUAAUCCCUUGGUUCAAACUCCCAUGCCAGGUACGUUACAGGGUGCGAUGGUUUCAGGACUUAUUGACCCCGAAACAAGAACAUGGGAUAUCUCAAUCCUGCAGGACUUGUUUAUUGCUACUGAUGUUAACCGUAUUUUAAAAGUACCUGUCACACCGCAUUAUAAGGACUCUUGGUAUUGGCCAAAUGAGACACGUGGAUGUUAUACAGUAAAGGAGGGUUAUAGACGUAUUAUGGGAGAGGUGGAGGCGCAACCCGGAAUUUAUGAUAAAUGGCUACAUCUUUGGAAGAUUAGGUGCCCUUCAAAAUGGAAAUUGUUUCUCUGGAAAGCUCUAUCUAAUGUCUUGCCCACCACUACCAACUUGAUUUUAAAGAGAGUGGAGUUGGACCCAACAUGCUCAAUGUGUGGUCUAAUGCAUGAGACUACCAUGCAUUCAUUACUUAUAUGUGAUUAUGCAAAGUUUGUAUGGCAUGAGUCCUCAUUGCAACUACCAAAUGUUGUUGGGGAUAAUUUUGCUGCAUGGUUCGGUGACGCCGUCUCUAAACUAACACAUGAUAAUUUAUUUAUUGUGAUAGCAGUCCUUUAUCACCUUUGGAGAGCAAGGAACCUUGCGGUGUGGGAGAAGAAGCUGCCUCGCCCGUCGACAGUCUGGAAGAUGGCCGAAUCUGCUGCAAUUGCUUGGCGUCGGGUGCACACUCCUGCGGACUCCGACCAGCUGGUGCCGCAACAGGCCUCGCAGUCGGUAGCCGCAAACUCGCACGUAAAUGCCCAUCCAUCACAGUUUUCUGGCGUAGCCAUGCACUGCCAAUUCGAUGCAAGCUUCAAUCCUCGUUCCAAAGCGGCAUCAGUGGGGGCAGUUCUCAUGACACACGAUGGCGGCUUUAUUGCAGCGUUCACCUCGCACCUCCCGGCGUGCUUUUCACCCCUGAUGGCGGAAUCAUUAGCAUGUAAGGAGGCUCUUUCAUGGCUUAAGGGUCGAGGCGUGGAUUCGGUGCACAUAUUCACUGAUUGCUCCACAUUACGAUCUCUCCUAACUUCAGCACACGUUGACAUUUAUUUUUAUGUUGGCUUCUCAGUAGAGGCCUCCAAAUCUAUUAUGUCCUCUUUCAAUUCAUGUUCAGUACAUUAUAUCCCUAGAGCUGCUAAUACUAGGGCUCAUACCUUAGCAUCUACAGUAUUUUCUCAGGAUGGUCCGUUGUAUUGGGAGGCUGUUCCUCCUAACUCUAUUGCUCAUUUGUUUUAA